AUGGCUGCCCCAACGGCCGAGCCCUCCGCCAACGACAUCCUAGUAUUUGGGAACGGCGUAUCUCUUGCUCUGGCCGGCGAGACUCUUCUCGUAAAAGACAAGACACAAGCGAAACGUCACCAGAACAACGUAUGCGGCGUUCCCCUCGGAAGCGCGCCCUCCGACUUCUCCAUUCCGACAUACAACAUCCUCUGGGCCGAGGCUGCCGGACAAGCGCUGGCGAUCGAUUACGCCGAGCCAACCUCCAAGACGCAGCUCCGCCCGACGAAGCUGAACUACCCGCUUAACGAGCUCCCCCGCGACGUCGUCGAUAAAUGGGUCGAGACACUGCUUGCGCGCGCAUACGGCACAGCCCAGCGCCGGAAACGGGCCAAGGUGCUAGUGAAUCCGCAUGCUGGACCGGGCGGCGCCGACAACAUAUGGGAACACGACGUAAAGCCGCUGUUUAAGGCCGCGCGCAUGAGUCUGGAUGUGAUUCGAACCAGCUUCUCUCGCGAGGCCAUUGACCUCUGCGAACAACUCGACAUCGACGCCUACGACGUGGUGAUUCCGUGCUCAGGCGACGGCUUGCCGUACGAGGUGUUCAACGGCCUGGGCAGGCGGCCCGACGCGCGCAAGGCUCUGCAGCAGCUGGCCGUGGCGCACAUACCCUGCGGAAGCGGCAACGCGAUGAGUAUCAAUCUGAACGGGACGCACAGGCCGAACCUGGCAGCGCUGGCAGUCAUCAAGGGCGUCAAGACGCCGAUGGACCUGAUGAGCAUCACCCAGGGAUCGAACCGCAUGCUGAGCUUCCUGAGCCAGUCGGUCGGUAUCAUUGCCGAGGCUGAUCUGGGAACGGAACACCUGCGCUGGCUGGGCGCGAAGCGGUUUGAUGUCGGUGUUGCGCAGAGAAUUUUUGGCAAGAAGGUGUACCCGUGUGACAUAUCCGUCAAGGUCGAAAUCCAAAGCAAGGGUGGUGUCAAGGCGCACUACAAACGGGACCGGACGGCCGAGGACUUUAGUCAGAGGAAGGAAGGCCAGAUCUCGAAGGGGUCAUCCUCGACUGGCGAAUCCACCUCUAGUGAAGCUGAUGCGGGAGAGGGGCUACCGCCAUUGAGGUUCGGUACCGUCAACGACAAGAUUCCCGAAGACUGGGAAACUGGCUCGCACGACAAGCUAGGGAACUUCUACUGCGGAAAUAUGGCAUGGAUGGCGCCGAACGCAAACUUCUUCUCGGCCGCCUGUGCCAACGAUGGACUGAUGGAUCUCGUGAUCAACGAUGGCGACAUCGCGGCCUUGAAGUACAUGGGUCUAAUGAUGUCCGUCGAGACCAACAAGUUCUUCGACAACUCACUGAUAUCGUACCGAAAGAUUGUGGCCUACCGCUUCACGCCUCGCGAGCAGAAGGACGGCUACAUCAGUAUCGAUGGCGAGCGCGUCCCCUUCGAACCUUUCCAGGUAGAGGUGCACCAGGGCCUUGCCACUGUUUUGUCCAAGAGCGGAAGAUACGCCACUCCCGGGCCCUUGGGCUGGGAGAAAUAG